AUGGCCAGGCAGAUGGAGGCCAGUGUUAAUCCAGCCUUCUACAGAGGGGAUUUGGUGUGGUCCCAAGAGGAGUCAGAGCAGAAGUUCCCCCUAUGGGUGAGAAGGACUGACACCAUUGGAGUGGAGAACUCAGAUGGGCAGGCUCCAGUGGGCAGGGAUCAGUUUGUGGAUGCGAGAGUUUGGUUACCGGCUGUGUGGGGAGGAAUUUCCAGUGGUCCUGCCACCACCCGGAACCAGGCAUCACCUGAAACCUCCAGCAGCCCCAGUAGUGUCUAUGAGAACUUUCGGCGCUGGCAGCGCUUCAAGGCCCUGACCCAGAGGUACCUUGCUCAGACUCCGGACACUGAGGCCGUUUCCUGCUUCCUCAUCCCGGUGCUGCGCACCCUGGCCCGCCUGAAGCCCACCAUGAGCCUGGAGGAAGGCCUGCGCCGGGCCCUGCGGGAAUGGGAGGGCACGAGCAAUUUUGACCGCAUGAUCUACUACAACAUGGCUGCCAAGUUCAUGGAGUUUGAGGCUGAGGAAGAGAUGGAAGUGCAGAAGCUGCAGUGGAUGAAUGGAGUACAGGGCCUGCCAACCACUGCCCCACCCAGGCCUGAGCCUCAGGGGGCUCCAGGCCCAUUGCUAGACCAGCAGCCAGCCUGCCCCAAGACGCACACACCACAGCGGGCCCCCCAAACCAAGGCCCCCAAGGAGAUCCCCCCUGAGACCGUGCAGGAGAACAUGGAUAUCAUGGACGAGCUGCUAAAGGCUCCUGACACAGUCUGCAGGGCGCCGCUUGGCCUAAGUGCAGCAGGCAGGAAGGAGCAGCAGGAGGAAACCGGGACCUGCCCUGACGUGGGGCUCCUGAGCUAUGUGUAUGAUCUGUGCUCCCAGGAGGCCUUUGUCACCAAGGUAGAGGCAGUCAUUCACCCCAGCUUCCUGACGCACCUGCUAUCCCCAGAAUCCCAGCUGGAUCUCCUGGACCUGGCUGAGGAGCUCGAGGAGGAGGAAGGA